UUUCCCACUGUUGACUCAACACAAAAACUCCAUUGAAAUAAAAUAAGCUUUUCUGUCCCUCUCUUCUUGUUUUUUUUGCUUAUACGUUUUCCAUUCUUCAAAGUCUCAUUAUUACUAUUUGACCCUCCAAGAAGUUUCAAUCUUUUUCGGUCUUUUCUCCACCGCACUGAAACCCGUCUUCAUUCGAUCCGGUGAGAGAGGGUUCCCCUUGGUUGCGUGAAUCUUCAGAAAAGGGUUGUCCUUGUAAUAUUAAUAGUUUGUGAAUUGGAGUUUGUGUUUAUAGCAAGAGAAUGGAUGAGUCAAAAAACAGGCAUAAUGAUAAUUUGGGUGUGAACAAAAUGGGGAAAAACAUUAGGAAGAGCCCAUUACACCAGCCCAAUUAUGGUAACAACAACAACAGCAGCAUGAAUGGGGGUAGACAGCAACAGCAACAGCCUCAGCCUCAGGUUUACAACAUAAGCAAGAAUGAUUUCAGGGAUAUUGUUCAGCAGCUUACAGGGUCUCCCUCUCAGUCUCAGGAUCAUCCUCAAUCCAAACCUCCUCAGAAUCAGAACAAUUCCCCAAAACCUCAAAGUAUGAGGUUGCAGAAAAUUAGGCCUCCCCCUUUGCCCUAUGUGAGGCCUCCAUUGCACACCACCUUGCCAGCUGCUAGACCUGCUCACUUUAGACAACAACCAUCACCAAACCCUAAUAAUAUAGCUGAGUCACCAAUCUCUGCCUACAUGAGAUACCUUGAACAUUCAAUUACAGAUCCCACUUCAAGGGGUGCCCAAUUUCAACCCCAUCGUCAUCCAGCUUCUUCUGCUUUGCUUCCUAACCCUCCUAUGAUGCCUUUGAAUGCCACAAACCCUCUUCCUCCUCCUCCUUCUAUAGCUGCUGUUCCUUCCCCACAACCAAAUGGACCUCCUAUUUUACCUUUACCUUCUCCAACCUCUCAGUUUCUCUUGCCUUCACCAAAUGGCUACAUGAAUUUUCUCUCCCCUCAGUCUGGUUAUCCACCACUGUUGUCCCCUGGCAUUCAGUUUCCAUCUCCUUUUACUCCCCAUUUCCCUUUGUCACCCUUUGCACAGUCGGGGAUUUUAGGCCCCGGGCCGCAGCCUCCACUUUCGCCAGGGCUGUUUCCUUUGUCUCCUUCAGGUUUUUUCCCCAUGACAAGUCCUAGGUGGUGAUCAUGGUCCCUUCUAACUAAACUGAUCUUUCUUCUCACUAAAGCUUUGUGCAUUAUCAUGUAAAGUACAAGCAAGUUGUAAGAUUGUAAGGUGUAUUUUUUGCUGUUCAUUCUCUUCAUUUCCUGUUCCCUUGCUUAAUUUUUCUUUUGCUGAUGACCAUAAUGGCUGCAAUCCUUUUUACUUUUACUAGUUUUACACAUUAGGCGUUAUAUUGAAGAUCAGGAACUCAAUUGGAUGGUUGGACAGGAGCUGUAAGAUGGAAGAAUGGGGUGUAACAUGAAAGGAAGUAGGUUUUACAGACAAUAUUUGUUAUGUAGGGUAGGUCUUGUUCUUUUGUAAUAUAAGGGAUUGCAUGUUAAAAUGCAUAGUUAGCUUCAUGUUAUCUUUUACUCUGGAAGAUACUUUUAAGUACUUAUCCUAUACUUGCUUCCAAGUGAUUUGCAAUUUUUAAAGAUAUCUGCUUCUUCAGCGUUUA